GACUACGGCCCCGGGGGCACAGUCGUAGAGAGGGGGCGGGGCGGCCAUUGGGGCUCCUCACUGGGGUCUUUGGGGCGCACCCCAUCGGGUACCGGGCGUCCCGGAAUUGUAGGGGACAAAAAGGCUCUGCAGUCUCGGCUGAGGGGUCUCACCGACAAAAGAGGGGAAGCCGGCCGCCGCCCACCGCCCGCCGCCAUGGGGCUGAAGGCCGCCCAGAAGACGCUGUUCCCGCUGCGCUCCAUCGACGACGUGGUGCGUCUGUUUGCUGCCGAGCUGGGCCGAGAGGAGCCAGACCUGGUACUCCUUUCCUUGGUGCUGGGCUUCGUGGAGCAUUUUCUGGCUGUCAACCGCGUCAUCCCUACCAACGUUCCCGAGCUCACUUUCCAGCCCAGCCCCGCCCCCGACCCGCCUGGCGGCCUCACCUACUUUCCCGUGGCCGACCUGUCUAUUAUCGCCGCCCUCUAUGCCCGCUUCACCGCCCAGAUCCGAGGCGCCGUCGACCUGUCCCUCUAUCCUCGAGAAGGGGGUGUCUCCAGCCGUGAGCUGGUGAAGAAGGUCUCCGAUGUCAUAUGGAACAGCCUCAGCCGCUCCUACUUCAAGGAUCGGGCCCACAUCCAGUCCCUCUUCAGCUUCAUCACAGGCACCAAAUUGGAUAGCUCUGGUGUGGCCUUUGCUGUGGUUGGGGCCUGCCAGGCCCUGGGUCUCCGGGAUGUCCACCUCGCCCUGUCUGAGGAUCAUGCCUGGGUAGUGUUUGGGCCUAGUGGGGAGCAGACAGCUGAGGUCACCUGGCACGGCAAGGGCAACGAGGACCGCAGGGGCCAGACGGUCAACGCCGGUGUGGCUGAGCGGAGUUGGCUGUACCUGAAAGGAUCAUACAUGCGCUGUGACCGCAAGAUGGAGGUGGCGUUCAUGGUGUGUGCCAUCAACCCUUCCAUUGACCUGCACACUGACUCGCUGGAGCUGCUGCAGCUGCAGCAGAAGCUGCUCUGGCUGCUCUAUGACCUGGGACAUCUGGAAAGGUACCCCAUGGCCUUAGGGAACCUGGCAGAUCUGGAGGAGCUGGAGCCCACCCCUGGCCGGCCAGACCCACUCACCCUCUACCACAAGGGCAUUGCCUCAGCCAAGACCUACUAUCGGGAUGAACACAUCUACCCCUACAUGUACCUGGCUGGCUACCACUGUCGCAACCGCAACGUGCGCGAAGCCCUGCAGGCCUGGGCGGACACGGCCACUGUCAUCCAGGACUACAACUACUGCCGGGAAGACGAGGAGAUCUACAAGGAGUUCUUUGAAGUAGCCAAUGAUGUCAUCCCCAACCUGCUGAAGGAGGCAGCCAGCUUGCUGGAGGCGGGCGAGGAGCGGCCGGGGGAACAGAGCCAGGGCACCCAGAGCCAAGGUUCUGCCCUCCAGGACCCUGAGUGCUUUGCCCACCUGCUGCGAUUCUACGACGGCAUCUGCAAAUGGGAGGAGGGCAGUCCCACACCUGUCCUGCACGUGGGCUGGGCCACCUUUCUUGUGCAGUCCCUAGGCCGUUUUGAGGGACAGGUGCGGCAGAAGGUGCGCAUAGUGAGCCGAGAGGCCGAGGCGGCCGAGGCCGAGGAGCCCUGGGGCGAGGAAGCCCGGGAAGGCCGGCGGCGGGGCCCACGGCGGGAGUCCAAGCCAGAGGAGCCCCCGCCGCCCAAGAAGCCAGCACUGGACAAGGGCCUGGGCACCGGCCAAGGCGCAGUGUCAGGACCCCCCCGGAAGCCUCCUGGGACGGUCUCUGGCACAGCCCGAGGCCCCGAAGGUGGCAGCACGCCUCAGGUGCCAGUACCUGCAGCAUCACCACCACCGGAGGGUCCAGUGCUCACUUUCCAGAGUGAGAAGAUGAAGGGCAUGAAGGAGCUGCUGGUGGCCACCAAGAUCAACUCAAGCGCCAUCAAGCUGCAACUCACGGCACAGUCGCAAGUGCAGAUGAAGAAGCAGAAAGUGUCCACCCCUAGUGACUACACUCUGUCUUUCCUCAAGCGGCAGCGCAAAGGCCUCUGAACUACUGGGGACUUCGGACCACUUGUGGGGACCCAGGCUCCGCCCUUAGUCCCCCAACUCUGAGCCCAUGCUCUGCCCCCAGCCCAAAGGGGACAGGCCUCACCCCCACCCAAACCCUAGGUUCCAGGUCCCGAGUACAGUCUAUAUCAAAC